AUGGACCCAGAGAAAGCACAGCAACUGGCGGCGGAACUAGAAGUGGAAAUGAUGGCUGAUAUGUACAAUCGGUAAGACUGACUGGCUAGCUAGCUAGCAAUGGAACGUUAGCUAGCUUGUUAAUGUAAUUUCUCUACUGAAAUGCUAUAAUGUGCUAAUUACAGGGGAACACGCUAAUAGCAUUUGCAUGUAGCUAACCAGCCAUAUUACCUUAACUUUGACUGUCGUGUUUAGUUUUUGCUAUGGUGGUCAGAUAAAAGCAUCACGUUAGAAACCUUCUCAGACUAGCUAGAUAGCUAGCUAGCUUUAUAGCGCUAGCUAGCUGUCGUGCUACUGACCGUCAGACCAAAUCAAUCGAUUCAGAAGAGUACGCGUUUAUAACGCACACUCGACUACAUCGCUGUACAUGCAUAAGCAAAAACAAUGUGAAUAUCAUUAGUUAGCUAGCAAAGUAAUAUUAUUGUGAGCUCAUUUAAAUGGGACUGAUUUAGCUAGCUAGCUAUGUUGCCAGCUAGGAGUGCACACAUUGACUUUACAUAACAUAAUCAGAAUGACUUUUCAUAACAUAAUCAGAAUGAACUGUUCUAUGAACUUGCACAUUCAUGGCGGUUUUGAUUCCUCGCAUCCUGUCUCCUCUCCUUGUUCUCAAAACAUCAGAGGGAAGAAAGGAUAGCACUGGAGGAGAUCUCCUCCCAAUGCUGUCCUGACCUUUCUCAGUACUCCUUUCUUGCCUCCUGGAAAAGACACUUGAGAUACGACCCUCAUCUUUACUUCUUCUUCGAUGAGGUUUAACGGCGGUUGGCAUCCAAUAAAUGUUGCAUUACCGCCACCUACUAGACUGGAGUAUAACUCCCUUAUACAUUUUACAUUUUAGUCAUUUAAUAAUAAUAAUAAUAUGCCAUUUAGCAGACGCUUUUAUCCAAAGCGACUUACAGUCAUGCGUGCAUACAUUUUUGUGUAUGGGUGGUCCCGGGGAUCGAACCCACUACCUUGGCGUUACAAGCGCUGUGCUCUACCAGCUGAGCUACAGAGGACCACAGAGGACCAUUUAGCAGACGCUCUUAUCCAGAGCGACUUAUACUUUGCUUUAAAAAAUGGAAAAUAAAACAAAUACCCUACCAUCUAAUACUACACUCUCAACAACAACAAAAAAUAAUACAAAUAACCAUUAUGAUAAUUAUAACUACCAUACUCCACUAUUUAAAUAUAUUUAUUCCUACAUCAGGCUAACAGUCUGAAGGGAUGCGACACCACCACUUAACACACCCUGUAACUCUUCUGAUGUCAAGUCUCGCACACCCAAAUACGUUCCACCCCCUGCAGUACAGUUGAUAACCAACCCUCAUCUUUAUCGUAACCUACAACGUCUUUAACGCCCUCUUUCUUCCUCCUCGCAGGAUGACCAACGCGUGCCACAGGAAGUGCGUGCCCCCCCACUACAAGGAGGCGGAGCUGUCUAAAGGGGAGGCGGUGUGUCUGGACCGCUGUGUGGCCAAGUACCUGGACCUACACGAGAGGCUGGGCCGCAAACUCACCGAGCUCUCCGUUCAAGACGAGGAGAUGAUGAGGAAGAAUGCUAUCGGACAAUAA